GUCGUUUCAGGCACCAACCGGGGGAGGCGGCUUCUGUCCUCCGUGGACUGCAACGUGCGGCCCAUGAUGGAGAUGGUGCGGGCGGCCACUUUAAACCGUAAACCCCAAACCCUCUCACACCAGCCUUUUGUUCUCCUCCAACUCCCCUCUCUCCCCCUUCCCCCCCAAUGCCUCCUCCCCUCCCAUUUUGCCCUCCUCUCCUCCGCUUCGUUCCCCAUCCCCUCCCUCAUUCCCCCCCCCUAUAUUGUAUCAGGCACCAACCGGGGGAGGCGGCUUCUGUCCCCCGCCGACCGCAACGUGCGGCCCAUGAUGGAGAUGAUGCGGGCGGCGGUCUUCGACAUGUUGCACGCGCUGCUGGACGCGCCGCACCGCCUGCCGCCUGGCUCCCGCUGGCUGGACCUAUACAGCGGCACGGGGAGCUGGCACGAGGAGCUUGGGGCUGGAGGCCAUGAGCCGAGGGUGCGCGCAGGUGAGGGGAAUGAGGCAUUGGGUGGCACGGGGGCAUGGCAUGGGCAGCACUGGCAAGCAUGCAACUCGCGCUGGCUGGACCUGUACAGCGGCACGGGGAGCGUGGUGAGGGCAGGUGAGGGCAGGUCGACCCGUGAGCCGCCUCCUCUGUCGCUUGCUCUCACCCUCUUCCCUCCCCCCUCCCCGUCGCAGGCGCACUUUGUGGAGAUGGAUGGACCCAUGUGUCGUAUCGACUGUGCUGGUCUUCAACAUUGA